AUGAUAACUCAAUGAUCCCGCGCCGGUGGGAGCUCCAACACUCUCCUAAGUAGCUCCCCCGACGAGCCCUGAUUACCAACAGGUGUGUGGCAGGAACUUCAGGUGUGGCCAGUCCUCCUGCACGGCCACACCCAUCAGGCCUGCAUGUGGCUGUUCUCCAUCCUCCAGCCACACCCGCAGACACAUGUACACACCCACACCAUGCCUAUACAUAUAAUAAGUGGAACACAGGACAACACAGCAUAGCGCAGAAAGACACACAUCCCCAAAUAACAACAACCACAAUACUAAUAAUAAUAAUAAUAAUAAUGAUAAUAAUGGUCCAUCCUGCUCACGGACCCCAGAGUCCUCCAGAGCCGGGUCCGUGACAUGAAGUCUCCCAGUAGACGACAGAGUCGCCGGGUGGAGCACCCCACCCUCAAGCACCCCACCCACGGAAUCCAGGAAGGUUGAGUACUCUAAACUGACAUUUGGCACAUAUGCGCAGGCAAGUCAUGACCCAUUCACCGAGUGGAAAGCGCAGGGAACAAACACUCUCGUCUACUGGGGCAAACCCCAACGUACAGGCAGCAAGCCAAGGGAAUACUGGCCAGGCACCGUAGACUAAGACCAGCCACCAGGGGCUCUCAAAGCCAGGCACCCUCUCUGUGCCUGGCUCCAGGGCCCUGGUGAGUACACUCGCCCACAUUGGCUCCAAUAUAAGCUCUGCACUGCCUGUUGUGUGAGACCCAUAGGAUCACAAAUUUUUAAAGAGACCAUCAAGACUUCCUGUUUUGGGUUGUUGGUUCCACAGAUCGACAAAACCCAAUUUGCACAGGCGAAACACAUCAGUAAAUCUGGCCCUAGAUCCUUUGUUCAAGGACAAACAAAGGAUAUAAAUACAAUUUAUUUGUAUUUUAAUUGAAACAACAAGACAAUAUUUCCUUCUUCUCAUUAUUUCAUUGUGCAUUGUCUCAGUAGGAAGAUCAUUUACUCUGCUGCUUAAUUUUUUUUUCUUCCUUCUUCAGAGUGCAGACAUGUCUGCUGCCAGCAGUCUGCAGUCUGAAGAUCAGUUUCUGUGCUCCAUCUGUCUGGAUGUGUUCACUGAUCCUGUCACCACAUCAUGUGGACACAACUACUGCAAAAGCUGCAUCACUCAGAACUGGGAUGUUAAUGACAGCUGCCAGUGUCCCCUGUGUAAGGAGACUUUCAACAGUAGACCUCAGCUGAGGGUGAACACUUUGCUCUCUGAGAUGGUUGCUCAGUUCAGACGUGAAGCUCAGCAGAAAGCCAGCAGCAGCAGCUCAGAGCAACAAGCUGCCAAACCAGCAGAAGUUCCCUGUGACGUCUGCACUGGAACCAGACUGAAGGCCCUGAAGUCCUGCCUGGUGUGUCUGACCUCCUACUGUCAGACUCACCUGGAGCCUCAUCUGACAGCUACAAGUCUGAAAAGACAUCAGCUGAUUGAGCCUGUGGAGAACCUGGAAAGCAGGAUGUGUAGGAAGCACGAUAAACAUCUGGAGCUGUUCUGUAAGACCGACCAGACAUGUGUCUGCAUGCUCUGCUCUGUUUUAGAUCACAAGACUCAUGAGUUUGUUCCUCUGAGAGAAGAAUAUGAAGGAAAGAAGGCAGAGCUGGAGAAGACAGAGGCUGAGAUUCAGCAGAUGAUCCAGAAGAGACGACUGAAGAUUCAGGAGAUCAAAGAGUCAGUGAAGAUGAGUAAAGAUGCUGCAGACAGACAGAAAGCAGAAGGUGUUCAGGUCCUCACAGCUCUGAUGGAGUCUGUUGAGAGACGCCUGAAGGAGCUCAUAAAGGAGAUCGAAGACAAACAGGAAACUACAGAGAAACAGGCUGAAGGUCUCAUCAAAGAUCUGGAACAGGAAAUCUCUGAGCUGAUGGAGAGAAGCUCUGAGGUGGAGCAGCUCUCACACUCUGAAGACCACCUCCACCUCCUCCAAAGCUUCUCCUCCCUGAAAGCUGCUCCACCCACCAAGGACUGGACAGAGGUCAGAGUCCGUCCACCAUCAUAUGAGGGGACAGUGGGGAGAGCAGUGGCUCAGCUGGAGAAGACACUCUGGGAAGACAUGAAGAAGCUGAAUCGGGCUGCAGUGUUGAAGGGGGUCCAGCAGUAUGAAGUGGAUGUGACUCUGGAUCCUGAUACAGCUCAUCAUUGGCUCAUCCUGUCUGAUGAUAGAAAACAAGUACACUGCAGUGAGGUGAGGAGAAAGAGGAAACUUCCAUACAACCCAAAGAGAUUUACUUACUUUGUUAAUGUUUUAGGAGAGCAGAGUUUCUCUUCAGGCAGAUUUUACUUUGAGGUUCAGGUUAAAGGAAAGACUGACUGGGAUUUAGGAGUGGCCACAGAGUCGAUCAGCAGGACAAAGAGCAUGUCAAUGAGCCCCGAGGAUGGUUUCUGGACUGUGUGGCUGAGAGAUGGAAAUAAGUACACAGCUUGUGAAGACACCCAAAUUAACCUCUCUCUCCGGUCUGGUCCUGAGAAGGUGGGGGUGUUUGUGGACUAUGAGGAGGGUCUGGUCUCCUUCUAUGACGUAGAUGCUGCAGCUCUGAUCUACUCGUUCACUGGCUGCUCCUUCACAGAGAAGCUCUUCCCAUAUUUCAGUCCUGAGCUUAAUGAUGAUGGUACAAACUCUGCACCACUGAUCAUCUGUCCUGUCAAUCAAACUGAGUAGAGCUAAGAAUUUUUACUUUAUUAGCAGAUUACUUUAUAUUAUAAUUAUUGUAUAUUAUAUAAUUAUGAUAUCAUUUUCUUUUGAAAGAGAAACAUGAAACUGAUAUUUUAAUUAAUCAAGGAGAAGGCAAAUAAAAAAUAUAACCAAGUAUUUAUAUAAUGAAAAAUAAUUUUAAAAAAGUAAUUUGUGCUCCAAUUUUCUCCACUGUUAUGGGAUCUUAAAGCGUUCACACAAACAGUUUAUAGAGAGGAGCAGCCUGCAGGGUGUUUGACUAAUAAGACUUACAAGGAUAGAAUCAUUUAUAGAGAUGAGUUCUCUGCACAGCGUGGUCACAGAAUACAGUCAGGACACUGUAUACAAAGAUAACUUCCUACUUCUUGUACUAAAAGAUUAAACAGAGAUAGAAUAUGAUCCUGUGGAGCCUUCUCACAUACAGGUCAGGCUGACAUAGAGGAGAUCAGAAACUGUUCCAUUACAACACAUCAAAGAUUUCCAGUAGCACCAGUGUAUAUAACAACAUUGUAUAUUAGAAAAUAUAAUAUAAGAAAAUUACAGACAAACAUUUAGCUUUAAGUUUAAGGUGUCAUGUGGGCAAUUAUGAUAUUGUAGUGUAGAAAGGUUUGACUAAUGAUUUUAAACUUACUGGUUUUUCCAAAUGUCAUAUUGUGUCUAAAUAUGGUAAGUCAAAGUUUAAAGCAAUGUUAUGUUUUAGCUUUCAUAUGACUUUAGUUUUCCAGCUGUUGUCAGUGAUCUAAAGUUGCUGUUUCUAAAAUUAGGAGGGAGGUCAUGUCCAUAAACAUGAUGAAGUACAUUUAUAUUUUAUUUUUAUUAUUUAGCAAAAACUGAUUGUAAAACAAAACUAAAUGGAAUCUAAGUGUGUGACAAAUGUGUAAAUAAACAAUACCUAAUGUUAAAAUGAGUGAGCAGUGAUUUCCCAUCUACCGGCUCUGUGGUAGCUGGGAUAGGCUCCAGCCACCCUGACAAGGAAAAGUGGAAGAGAAUAUGGAUGGAUGGGACAAUGAUUUCUUUGAUGAUAUGAGUAACAAAUACUGAGAAGGAGAAAUCUGUUUUAUACACCAACAGUGUGAGCAAAUUCUCAUGGUGUAUGUUGGUGAAUUACAAUUACAUAUAUUUAGUGUCAUUAUUAGUUAUUAUUAAUCUCUGUCUCUCUUCCACAGCAUGUCUUUAUCCUGUCUUCCUUCUCUCACCCCAGCCAAUCACAGCAGAUGGCCCCGCCCCUCCCUGAGCCUGGUUCUGCCGGAGGUUUCUUCCUGUUAAAAGGGAGUUUUUCCUUCCCACUGUUGCCAAAGUGCUUGCUCAUAGGGGGUCAUAUGACUGUUGGGUUUUCCUCUGUAUGUAUUAUUGUAGGGUCUACCUUACAGUAUAAAGCACCUUGAGGCGACUGUUGUUGUGAUUUGAUGCUGUGUAAAUAAAACUGAAUUGAAUUGACCAGGCUGAAAGGCUGAGGUAGACCAGGAAAAGGGGAGAGAGAGAGAGAGAGAGAGAGAGAGAGAGAGAGAGAGAGAGAGAGAGCCUGCAAGAAGGGUCUAGCGCCGCUGAAGGCCAGGAUGGUGAAUGGACGUCCUACAGAGGAGACUGGAGGCUGAUGAGGCUCAGAGAAUGAAACAUGUUAACAGACUUUGAUAUCAUUAAUAGGUAUAUGCCUACUUACCAACUUUUAACCCUGUGGGGUUGACAGACGCACCAGCAUGUCCAAAUCACAUGACCAAUUUAAGAUGACAUUUCAACAAGUUGCUGUCUCCAGUUCAACUUGUGUUGAAACUGGACUUCAAACUAUAUGCAAAUGUUUUUUCCUGAUUUCUAUCAUCACCUUUACUGCGGGAAGAAACUGUAAAAAUUGCGUUUUCUAAGGCCAAAGCUAUCUAGCACUCUUUGCUUGUGGCCAAAAACCACCUUUCCUAUUGGUGCAAAAAUGUCAAACAAUCAAAAAAUGAUAUGGCAACAUGUGGCAACUGGUUGUAUAGGAAGAGGGAGAAGUUUUAGGAGUGAGGGUGGCGAGAGAGAGAGAGAUUUUGACUGUGCCACUGUUUCUAAGGUCCUAUGUCAUGAAAUUGAAUGAUCUGGUUAAUUUAAAAUAAUGCAAAUAAUGAUUAAACCUAAAACUAAGUCAAUCCCAAACUGUGUACAAGGGUUUUUCACAGUGCAGGAGAGUAAGUAUGAUUUGAGAGAUUUUUGUAAUUUUACAGUUUAAAAGAAAAAUGAAAUUAAGAUGCAUUUCUGUUGUUGGGGUUAAACUGUGGAUUGAUGAUAAUAUACACAUUAAAGUGUGCAAUUCAGUUUUGGUCUCCAAAAAGUAAGAAAAAGAAUGAUAAGAAUAUAGGCCAGACAAAUGUAAGCAGCCUGAGCUUGUUCAGUCAUUAUUUGAAACACAGGUAUGGAUCUUAUACAAAUUGUAUUGCAUCAUUUGUGUAAUUUACUCUGCUUACAGAAACCUGGUGACAGCAGGAUGACUAUGUUAGUUUAAACUCACUCAAGUGUUACUGCUGAAUAUUCCACGCUUGGCUUUGACAGUCUGACAUUUUUUCCCCCAAAAUUUUUCAAACACCGGUGUGCAAUGAAUCUUGGGAUAGGUUCAGCCACAAAGGAUACACCUGACCCAUCCUUUAGAUCUGGGGAAAAGGAGGACACCUUUGUGUGUCAUAUGUGGAGUAGCCUUCAAUUCUUCAAUGUGAGGUCCUCAAAUUGGGCCUACAAAAGAAUGUGGCCCCUGAAUCUGGCCCGUAUCCUCAUUUGAAUCUGUCUGAAACAAGUACUUUCUAGUCAUGUGAGGAAGAAAAGAUCUGACUGUCAUAUUACCUUUUGUCUCCAGUCCCCGGCUUCCCUUAUUAUACUCUCCUAUUUCAGAGACCCGUGCUCUAGUUCCACACACCAUGCGCAUUCCCCUUGUGUCUAGUUUCCACCUGUGUGUAUUGUAAAUAAAGUCUCGUCAAACUUGAGUCCUGCUGUCUGUAUCUGUGCCGAGCUCCACGUUACGUACUGGCCUGUGGGCCUGCUGUGACAUCUCCCUGCGAUACAAUGAUACUUUUUCAUUAUUGUUUCUGACUACUCAGACAGGAAUAGUUAGGGUCAUAUAUAUUUAGACAGUGACACAAGUUUUGUUUUUUUACCUGUUUACUGAAACAUAUUCCAAUUAUAGUUAUAUCAUGGACAUGAACAUAAUGUGUAGACUGUCAGCUUUCAUUUGAGGGUAUCCACAUUCAAACGGGAUGAAGGGUUUGGGAGUUUCAGCUCCCUAAAAUGUGCCAACCUCUUUUUAAAGGGACCAAAAGUAACUGGACAACUAACUCAAAGCUACUUGAUGUGCAGGUGUGGGCAAUUUCUUUGUUAUGUCAUUAUCAGUUAAGCAGAUUGAAAGGCCUGGAGUUGAUUUGAGUUUUGGUGCUUGCAUUUGAAAGAUUUUGCUUUGAACAGACAACAUGAGCUCUCCGUGCAGGUGAAACAAGCCAUCCUUAAGCUGUGAAAACAGAAAAAAAAACUAUCCAAGAACUUCCUACAAUAUUCAGAGUGGCAAAAUCUUUGGCACAUCCUGAGAAAGAAAGAAGGCACUGGUGAACUCAGCACCUGAACAUCCACAGAAGACAACAGUGGUGGAUGAUCGCAAAAUCAUUCCAUGGUGAAGCCAACCAAGUGAACAACACUCUCCAGGAGGUGUACCGAUAUCCAAAUCUACCAUAGAGAGAAGACUGCAUGAAAGUAAAUACAGACAGUUCACUGCAAGGUGCAGGACACUCAUAAACCUCAAGAAUAGAAAGGCUAGAUAGGACUUUGCUAAAAAAAAAAAAAACAAACA